CGUCGCUGUGGUUGACCUGGCCGGGAAAUUGUGGCCCUCCGCGACGGGCCUUGCCGGUACCUCUGCCGCAGAAGGCUAGAUCGUGGUGUUGGAAAGUACAUCUGUGUUAGUUAUCUCAGAUUUGCAAUGGUUCGUAGUGGAAAAAGUGGUGGGCUCCACCUGAAGCAGAUUGCAUACUACAAACAAACAGGGGAAUAUUAUCCCACAACAUUAUCAAGUGAAAGAAGUGGAAUCAGGAAAGCUGCCAAAAAAUUUGUUUUCAAGGAAAACAAGUUGUUCUAUGUUGGAAAAGACAGAAAACAAAAGCGCCUGGUAAUUGUUUCAGAUGAAGAGAAGAAAAAGGUCCUCAAGAAAUGCCACAAAAGUGCUGCUGGCACUCAUCAUGGUAUAUCAAGGACACUGACUUUAGUGGAUUACUAAUCUAAUUACUACUGGACCUCUGUAACAAAUGAUGUCAAGCGGUGGGUGUAUGCUUGCCAGCAGUGCCAGGCAGCAAAGAACAUAGCCACCAGAGUGCCCAAAAUACACCACAUCAAAGCAGAGGACCCAUGGGCUGCAGUCACUAUCGGCCUAACGGGAGCUUUCAGUGUUACCAACAGAAGUCACAAAUACAUCAUCAUUAUGACAGAUUUGUUUACAAGAUGGACUGUUAUCUUACCACUGCGUGACACUUCAGCAGCUGAAAUUGCCAAGGCCAUCAUAAAUGUGUUUUUCUUAUAUGGGCCACCUCAAAAGAUGCCUAUUGAUCAAGGGAAGGAGCUUGUUUAUCAGAUAAAUGAAGAACUGUUUGCACUGUUUGGAAUGAAACAAAUUGUAUUGUCUUAUCCUCAGACAGGAAAUGAAAGAAUGUCCAAGACAAUCAAAAGUUUCCUUAACAAGUAUUGCAUUGACCAUCCAAAUGAUUGGGAUGAGCAUUUGUCAGCUAUAGCCUAUGCUUUCAAUUCGACAAAUUUGGAGCCAGAUAAAAAAACCCCAUAUUUCCAAAUGUUCAACCGUAACCCACAUGUUGUUGAGCCCAUGAAUAUAUUUGUGGAAGGAGGAUACAGCAGUUUUGCCAAAAUAUUUGAAGCAACUAAAAAACUCAGUCAAGCAUUGGAAGAAGAGAAAACCUCAGAUUUCCAGGCGGACGAAAAAACUUCAGAUGAACAAAAAAUCAGACCCAAAAUCACAGUCAAAAGGAAGACAAAACAAUUAAAUACCCUUCAGCUUAAAGUUGGACAUGAAGUCCUCAGGCAAAGAAAAAACUGGUGGAAAGAUGGUCGUUUCCAGUCAGAAUGGAUUGGUCCUUGUAUCAUAGAUUACAUCACAGAAAAUGGCUGUGCAAUACUAAGAGAUUCCACAGGAUCCAGGCUGAAAAGACCCAUCAAGAUGUCUCACCUCAAGCCUUAUAUAAGAGGGUCCAGUGAAAAAGGCAACCAUUACAUUCUACAAGGUGCAGUAGUUUCUGACCAUGAUUAUUUUGGCUUAUCUGAAAGAUCUGAUAAUUCAAACCAACCAGACUCUGUUGCUGAAAAAGAAAUAAAUGACUAGAAAAGAGAUGUCAUGUCUGCUGUGCAGAUUCUACCUGCAGCCAGCGAAGACCAAGUGUCAGCUGAUGAGUCUGAGGUGAGAGAAGAUCAUUGCAUCAGAUCAAACACUGCAAAGCCAGAGCAAUGGCUUUCACCUUGUUGGACCCUUCAGACAAAGACAGAGGAUAUUUAAGCAUACUCUUCUAUCACAUUUCAUUGCCAAGCAGCUUAGAAAUACUGUGACAAACUUAAACAAAAAAAAAAAAAGUAAUAGCUCCAACUUAUUUAGCCCAAUCUGUUUUACUCAUUUGUGGGUCUAAAAGUGCUUCAGGUAUCUAAUUUGUCUGGGUGUUAAGAAAAAGCACAUAUUCUGAUCAUGCAAUUAAAUUUCAGAUUUUGUUGGUAGAAUGGCAAUGUGGCCGUGCCUUACUGUUAUCCUCCCAGGACAAUGCAUCAUUUCACUGUAAUGACCUUUUCCAUUUAACCCUUGGAUGACUCAUUCCUUAUGUGUCUGUUCAAAGUGAGAUGAAUUAAACCUAAGCAAGUUGGUGUAAAUUUUCCCUCCACUACAGAGAAGCUCAUGUCUUCCUUUUCCUGUUCUAUAACAGUUUUCUAUUCUUUCUGGGAAGCUGCAGCCUCUGACUUUUACAACUUUUAAUUUCUAGUCUAAUCCAUUUAAGAUCUCACAAAACAAUAUAACUGCCAAAAUCAAAUGCGUGUGGUGUUCUAUGCAUGAAACAAUGAGGGCUGCAGCUGUUCCCUGCUCAUCAAAAGUCUGCUAGUGUAGACCGUUUUAAUAUUUCAGGCACAUGAAAAAAUCUCAAAUGCAUUUAAUAUUCUUUUGUGCUUUUUCCAUAAGCACAUUCUCCAUUUCAGUUACCUCUUCAUUGAGCCUGUGCACGUUGUGAGAUUUUCCAUGGACAGUGGGCUAUGGAAGGUGAAGCACUGGUAUUAAGUUAUUCUCUGAUUUUCUUGGGUACAUUGUUAAUGGUCUGGACUUCCUGAUAAGACCACCGUUUCUCAAAGUCAGUAGCACAGGAAUUUUUUUAUAUGGAAAACUGA